UGAUGACUGAUGCCUUCAAUGUUGAUAAAAUUUAGUAAAUAAGAUGAAAUUUUAAUUAAAAGUUAAUAAAUAAACACAACAAAAUAGUAAUCAAUUAAUGUAGCGAAGUGAAUCUGCAUUUAAUCCUCCAAGUGAAGAAAAAAAAUAGCAAUGAUGAAAUAUUCAACAUCACCUACACCGACGAAUUAUCCUCGAAGUACUUCACCACUGCCUGCUCCAGCCAACUACCAGCCCACAACAGCCAGUGCAGCAGUGAAACGAUACAAAUACUUGCGAAGAUUAUUCCAAUUCAAUCAAAUGGACUUUGAAUUCGCUGCGUGGCAAAUGGUUUACUUAUUUGUGUCACCUCAAAAAGUUUUUCGGAAUUUUAAUUAUAGAAAACAUACAAAAUCACAAUUUGCAAGAGAUGAUCCUGCAUUUCUUGUUUUACUGAGUGUCUGGCUCUUCUUAUCUUCAGUAUGUUUUGCAUUAGCGAUGGGCCUGACAUUGGGACAAACAGCACUGUUUGUGCUAUAUGUUGUGUUUGUGGACUUCAUAGGAUCUGGCUUAAUUAUGUCCACAGUACUUUGGUAUGUAAGCAAUAAAUAUCUGCGAGUGGACAUUGAAUCCCCAGACGUAGAGUGGGGCUACGCGUUUGACGUUCACAUAAAUGCUAUGUUCCCCCCACUGUCUCUGUUGCAUUGCUUUCAAAUACUAUUGUUUAAUAAACUACUAGUACAUGGAGGUUUCCUAUCAUGUCUGGUUUCCAAUACAUUUUGGCUUGCGUCAUUCAUAUAUUAUAUCUACAUCACGUUCCUAGGGUAUAGCAAUUUACCGAUGAUGAAAAACGCGCGAGUCUUCCUCUUUCCACUUCCUAUUUUGUGCCUAUUUUAUUUGGGUACCUUAAUGGCCAGUUGGAAUCUAAGCCAUAUGUUGAUGGACUUCUAUCAUUACAGAGUCUUGUAAAAUACUUGAAUAAUUAAUAAAUAUAACACAUCUGUCAAUAAAUUAAUUAAUAAUAAAGUUAGAUUUUUAUAGAACAAGUCCUAUGUAAUAAAAUUUUAUAAGCAAAUGAUAUUAAUUGCUAAUGUUAUUGAAUUGUAAAUACUAUUUAAUAAUAAAUAGGUAUUUAACAAAUAAAUUCGUUUCUCUUUUA